AUGCAGUACGCCAUCGCCACCAGAACUCUGUGUCCCGUGUACUUAAGCGAAUGGAGGCACCGUGUCGCGGCCAGUGGGGCGGCUAGCUCACACAGAGCCCGCCGUUGUUUAGGAUGCCGUCUCGAAAGCGAACGCGAUCGAAGCCAGUCCGGCGCGGCGGCGACGCUUGGCCCCGGCUCGACGACCCACACCGGUUUCGCUUUCGUCCGAAGGUCAACGCUGAAUCAGUGCGGACGCGUGCCGCGCUACACCGCGCCCGUUCUCGUAUCGAUAUCGAUCGUUUUGCCCGAAUAUCGACCUAUGCCACUGCGCUGGCUG